GGAGCCGUAGCAACAGUGAUCAGGAAACAAGCUAGUUGGCUUUCUCUCUUGCCUGAACGCGUUUCCGUGGUCAUCCUGCUGGCGCUACAGGCUCCUAAAGGGACUGGAUAACUCGCUAACUGCAUGGUCUCAAACUCUUGUAGUCACUAGGUAACACUUUGUUCUGAUGGUCCAUUUAAGACAUUCUACUAACAUUUCAAAGGCACGCACAGCAGUUAUCUUCUCGUAUCCAAACCCCAUCCCCUGAUCUUAUAAAGGAGUGUUGCCAUGGUGGAUGUGAGUAAGUGGCCUCUCUUCACCCUUUUGAGUGGACAGGAGCUCGCCUCCAUACGACAGGCAUGCAUCUUUGGAGCAUCUGCGAAUGAGGCCAUCUACAUCACCCACGAUGACGAAGUGUAUGUGUUGGGUCUGAACUGCAGUAAUUGUCUGGGCACUGGAGACAGUCAGAGCACAAUUGUUCCUAAAAAGCUGGACUGUCUGACUGGGAAGAAGCUGGUCAGUUUGAGCUAUGGCAGUGGCCCUCAUGUUCUGCUGGCUACAGAAGAGGGGGAGUUGUAUGCAUGGGGUCAUAAUGGAUACAGUCAGUUGGGCAAUGGGACGACCAAUCAAGGUGUGUCUCCUAUUUUGGUGACCACUAACCUGCAGAACAAGAAGGUGACUGAGGUGGCCUGUGGUUCUCACCACUCUUUGGCUCUGACCCAUGAGGGUGAGGUGUUUGCAUGGGGCUAUAACAACUGUGGUCAGGUGGGUUCAGGGUCCACCGCCAACCAGCCAACCCCUCGCAAGGUGUCCAACUCUCUGCAGAAUAAAAUGAUGGUCAGUAUAGCUUGUGGACAGACUUCAUCCAUGGCUGUGGCAGAUAAUGGCGAGGUUUAUGGUUGGGGUUACAAUGGAAACGGCCAGCUAGGGUUAGGCAACAAUGGGAACCAGCUGACGCCGUGUCGUUUGAUUGCACUUCAGGGCCUCUGUGUGCUGCAGAUUGCAUCAGGUUACGCUCAUUCUCUAGCACUGACCGAUGAGGGUCUACUGUACGCAUGGGGUGCCAACACUUACGGCCAGCUGGGCACCGGCAACAAGAGCAACCAGCUCAGCCCUGUGCAGGUCAUGACUGAGAAAGAAAGGAUCGUGGAGAUCGCCGCCUGUCACUCCACACACACCUCUGCGGCGAAGACCCAGAGCGGUCAGGUGUACAUGUGGGGGCAGUGCCGCGGCCAGCCCAUCGUGCUGCCACACCUCACACACUUCAGCAGCACAGACGACGUCUUCGCCUGCUUCGCCACGCCGUCUGUGAUGUGGCGGCUGCUUUCCAUGGAGCAUGAUGACUUCCUGACUGUGGCCCAGUCUCUUAAAAAAGAGUUUGACAAUCCUGAGACCUCAGACCUCAAAUUCAGUGUUGAUGGGAAGUACAUCCAUGUCCAUAAAGCUGUUCUAAAAAUCAGGUGUGAGCACUUCAGAUCAAUGUUUCAGUCACACUGGAAUGAGGAUAUGAAGGAAGUGAUUGAGAUCGACCAGUUCUCGUACCCGGUGUACCGCUCUUUUCUGGAGUUCCUCUACACCGACAGUGUGGAUCUUCCUGCUGAAGACGCCAUUGGUUUACUGGAUCUGGCAACCUCAUACUGUGAAAACAGGCUGAAGAAGUUGUGCCAGCAUAUCAUAAAGAGAGGAAUCACGGUGGAGAACGCUUUCUCUCUGCUGUCUGCUGCCAUCAGAUAUGAUGCCGAGGAUCUAGAGGAGUUCUGUUUUAAAUUCUGUGUGAACCACUUGACUGAGGUCACACAGACAGCUGCGUUCUGGCAGAUCGACGGCAACAUGCUGAAGGAGUUUAUCUGCAGAGCCAGCCACUGUGGAGCCUUCAAAAACUGACUCCGCGCUCCGCUCAGUGUAUUAGUCAGAGGAACGCAUCUGUUACAGCAGCCAGUCCUCCUCACAGCUAGUGGGCGCUGUGGCCCCAGACAGUCAUUAACACACAGUGCCCCCUGUUGAGCAGGAGAGGAACUAUUUCAUAAAAGAUAACAUUCAUAAAGAAGGGUCAAUGUCUGUCUCAUGCACAACCAUUUCGUACUCAUCUGUUGCCGGAGAUAGUCAGCCAGCUGGGACACUCCCAUUCAUGUUGUAGACAUAUUGCUUAGUGCUAAUAACAAAUUAUUGUGCUGCAGAUGGGAAGAGUGUUGCAAUAAAAUAGAAGUGCGUUUGGGCCUGUAUUACUUAAACAUGCACCACUGAAAAGCAGACAGAGACUAAUUGUAUCUUUUUGUUUGUCCCUUACAAUAUAUUGCAUGGGUAAUAUUGAAUAGAGGUCACUAAUUAGAUAUUUCUGUUCUUGCAGUGAUGCUGUGCAUUACAAGUUGCUCUUUUUAUAUUGCAUUUUAUUGGCUGGGAUCUGUUAAUGUGCAUUAUAACAGAUACAGUCAGCAGACCAUAUUGAUGUGGCCCCUUAUGUUGUUUGGUUAUUGUUUUCUAAAUGUUAUUGACCAAAAUAAUUUCUACUAUAUGAUGUUUAAGUUUUUUUUGGUUUUUUUUUUUUUUGGUUGAUUUGAGGCUUUAAAUGUAGGCCUUUUUUUUUCUUUAACAGAUUAGGGAGACCACUGUCUGUUAUUGCUUAGUUCAGGAUCUGCUGUUGCAGUUAACCAGUCUGAUGUUUAAGUUUGCUCAAAUAUAAAGAGUAUUAUAGUUGCACUAGUUGUUUCCUGUGCAGGAGCUGCUCAUAUAAGAUCACUAGAGAGUGUAUAUGAAUUUUUACAGUUGCACCUUUUUAAUAGGUGUGAAACACUUGGAUUAAGUAAUACUAAUGCCUAUGGUAAGUUUUUUUUUGUUACAUAUUAACCAACUGUAUUUGUUUUUCAAAUGUGUAUAUACUGUACAGUUUUUGCAUUAGCUUUCUAAAUUCAUCUGUGCACAUUAUGCGUGCCACAGUGUGUCUUGUAUGGUAAAAAAAAACAAGAUAUUAUAAAAACAAAUAAAGCUUUUCUUUGUU